UGAUUCGAUUUUAAAAUGUGGAAAAAUUAUGUGGCAGCACGUAACCACAGCAAGUAUCAGCAGCUGGUCGGCAGGUCGCUACGCCUCACUCCGCGACGUAGUUAUGCCGAAACAAAGAUUGUGCAUCUGCCCAUGGGUCGUGUGAAGGGUCGCCGACAGUGUGGCAUCUACGGCGAUCCAUUCUACAGCUUUGAGGGCAUUCCAUUCGGCAAACCACCGCUGGGUGAGCUGCGUUUUGCUGCACCAGAGCCUGCAGAGCCGUGGACAGACCAGGAGCUAGACGCGCAACAGGAGCGGGAUAUACCCUUGCAAAUGGAGUACUCAGGAGGCAAGACCAUUGGCAGUGAGGAUUGCCUUUAUUUGAAUGUGUACACCAAGCAUUUUGAUAAAACAAAGCCUCCUCUGCCCGUCAUGGUCUACAUCUAUGGCGGUGCCUUUCGCACUGGCGGUGCCACUCGAAACAAGUACGGUCCGGAUUAUUUAAUGGCCAAGGACAUUGUGUACGUAAUAUUCAACUAUCGACUGUGCGCUCUCGGAUUUCUCAGUCUGCCCAGCAUCGAAUCGAAUGUGCCUGGCAAUGCGGGACUGCACGAUCAACUGCUGGCCCUCAAGUGGAUCAAGCAGCACAUUCAACACUUCAAUGGUGAUGCGGAGAACAUUACGCUCUUUGGCGAGAGUGCUGGGGCUGUGGGCGUGCAUUUUAUGAUGUGCCUGCCGCAGGCCACGUGCCUCUUCCACAAGGCUAUCAUGAUGUCUGGCUCCAUACUGGCUCCCUGGGUACAGAUACCCGAUCGUGCCUGUUUGUACUCCCAAUUGGCACUGUCCGCUGGCUAUGUGGGACCACGCAGGGAGAAGGAUAUGCUGCGGUACCUUCGCUGGUUGGAGGCCAACAAAUUGCUGGAAUAUGCUCACAAUUUCUUCACCUUUCACGAUCGAUGCUUUGGCUUUCUGUAUCCCUUUGUGCCCGGCGUGGAGGAUGCCAAGUGCGAGAGUGGUCUGGUGCAGCAGCCAUAUCUGGAGUUGAUGCGGGAUGCCUGGUCCGUAAAGGUGCCCCUGCUGCUGGGCGGCACCUCCUUCGAGGGCUUGGUCUACUAUCCCUUCUGCAAGCUGAACAAUGGCUUUAUGCUGGAGCUGCUCAAGCAGGAACCAGCGUUGGUGCUGCCCCAUGAGCUGUUCCUCUCGAUGUCCGAUGAGGUGCGUGAGACUAAAGCUAAGGAACUCGUUAAAUAUCACUAUGGACCCCGGGGAAUAACCAAAAACAAUGUGACACAGGUUUUAGAUCUCUUCAGCUACAAACUCUUUUGGCAUGGCCUGCAUCGCGUCGUGCGCUCUCGAUUGGCCCAUGCCCAGGCAUCCACCUAUCUGUACCGCUUCGAUUUUGAUUCUCCGAGCUUCAAUCUAAUGCGUAAUAAAUUAUGCGGCGAUGACAUCAAGCGGGGUGUCUGUCAUGCCGAUGACAUGGGCUAUGUCUUUCACAAGAAGGGCGUACAGAAGCUGCCGCUGGAUUCUGCUGAAUACCUCACGAUACAAAGAAUGGUGGGCAUUCUGACAGCCUUUGCUCAGACUGGAGAUCCCAACUGUUGUGAAACGGAGGGAGAGGACUGGUCACCAGUCACCACAAAGUUGCCCUAUAGGGCUUUGAAUAUAGGCCAUGAGCUGGAGUUUAUAACGCAGUACGAAAAGGAUGGCCUGGAAGUGUGGAAUCGUUUGUAUGAUAAUGAAAUUACACUUUAUGGUAGCACCGUCCGUCGCAAUAUGAACAAGAACCUCGGCUUUGUGGAGCGCCUCCGAUGGCGCCUCAAAACCAUCGAGCAUAAACUUCAGCAGUAUCGUCAGACCACCAAUGAGACCAUUGUUGCCGACACCGAGUAUGGUAAAGUGAGGGGCCUGAAGCGUCUGUCCAUGUACGAUGUGCCCUACUUCAGCUUCGAGGGCAUACCCUAUGCCCAGCCACCCGUUGGUGAGCUGCGUUUCAGGGCACCACAGCGACCCACCCCAUGGGAGGGGGAAAGGGAUUGUAGUCAGGCCAGGGAUAAGUCCGUCCAGGUGCAAUUUGUUUUCGAUAAGGUCGAGGGCUCUGAGGAUUGCCUGUAUUUGAAUGUCUAUACGAAUAAUGUGAACCCCGGUAAGCCACGUCCUGUUAUGGUUUGGAUACAUGGCGGUGGCUUCAUCAUUGGCGAGGCCAAUAGGGAAUGGUAUGGUCCGGACUAUCUAAUCAAGGAAGAUGUUGUGCUGGUCACCAUACAAUAUCGUCUGGGAGCCUUGGGUUUCCUUAGUUUAAAGUCCCCUGAGCUGAAUGUGCCUGGCAAUGCGGGCCUCAAGGAUCAGGUGUUGGCCCUCAAAUGGAUCAAAAAUAAUUGCGCCAACUUUGGUGGCGAUCCCAAUUGCAUCACUGUGUUUGGAGAGAGUGCCGGAGGUGCGUCCACCCACUAUAUGAUGAUCACCGAUCAAACGCAGGGCCUUUUCCAACGCGGCAUCCUGCAGUCGGGCAGUGCCAUCGCACCAUGGGCCUACAAUGGCGACAUCACCCAUAAUCCCUAUAGAAUAGCAAAACUGGCUGGCUACAAAGGCGAGGAUAAGGACAAGGAGGUGCUGGAGUUUUUGCAGAAUGUCAAGGCCAAAGAUUUGAUACGUGUGGAGGAGAAUGUACUCACGUUGGAGGAUCGUAUGAAUAAGAUUAUGUUUGCCUUUGGACCAUCGCUGGAGCCGUAUGUAACCGCCGAUUGUGUGGUGCCCAAGGCGCCCAUCGAAAUGAUGAAGACCGCCUGGAGCAAUAGCAUACCCAUGCUGAUAGGAAAUACUUCUUACGAGGGUCUCCUGUGGCUGCCAGAGGUUAAAAUGCUGCCACAAACUGUGCAGCAAGUGGAUGCUGGUGCGCCCUUUAUACCACGUGAAUUGCUUGCCACGGAGCCCGCGAAAGAAAAGAUUGAGCUGUGGAGCUCCAAAAUACGAGAUGCACAUCGCACUGGGGAUGCUGCCAGCGCUGAUAACUAUAUGGAUUUGUGUUCCAUCUAUUACUUUGUCUUUCCUGCGCUGCGUGUCGUUCACUCGCGUCAUGCCCAUGCCGCUGGCGCUCCUGUGUACUUUUAUCGCUAUGAUUUCGAUUCCGAAGAGAUCAUAUUCCCCUAUAGGCUUAUGCGCAUGGGUCGUGGCGUCAAGGGUGUGAGCCAUGCCGAUGAAUUGGGCUAUCAGUUCAGCAGUCUGCUGGCCCGUCGUCUGCCCAAGGACAGCAGGGAAUACCGAAACAUAGAGCGAACUGUUGGCAUAUGGACACAGUUUGCGGCAACGGGUAAUCCGUAUAGUGAGAAGAUCAAUGGCAUGGAUACGCUCACAUGGGAUCCAGUGCGCAAAUCCGAUGAGGUCUUCAAGUGUCUAAAUAUUAGCGAUGAACUUAAGAGCAUUGAAUUGCCCGAGUGGCCCAAACUUAAGGUGUGGCAGAGCCUUUACGCGGACAAUAAGGAGCUGCUCUUCUGAGCAGCGAGUCCCAGUGCAGAGGGGUAUAUCUUAUAGCACGUUUAGUAUCUGGUAUGGACAGAUAUAAAAAUAUAGUUAAAUGGAAUGUGGCACAAUCCUUAAAGUUAA